UUUGUUUACGAUCGAUCGAGAGCGAAUGAAUUAAAUAAUUAGAUGAAAAUCACCAUACCUGGAAGUCUUUGGUUUUUUGCUCAAGGGUAUAAAAGUUCAAGGUUUUAAGCUGUGAAAUAAUGUUUAUACUGUCGCUGGUAGCCCCAGAUUUUAGUCUAAACUUGACUCGCGGCGAUCUUUUUUAUCGAUCCGAUCGUAUGAUCUCUUGGAAAGUGACAUCACUUCAUAAAGAUAAUUUUAAAAAUUAAUCUAUAAUAUAGCUUAUAUGUCUAAAAAAAAUUGCAAUGGAUUUGAGCUGUUACCCUGAAUAAAGCCAGUUCUCAAAGGUUUAGAUUUUUACCCAUUAUUUUGCCGGCCAUAUUGAAUACCGUGUUUUAGGAACUUGGGAACUAAAGUAAGGCACGUGUCAAGUUUUCUCAAUUUUGAUUGGUUGCUUCAAAGGAGCUUCGGUUCUGGCGGUUUGCACGAACUGCGCAGUCCUCACUUCGCGAUCGUUAGAGGUGAGGAAGAAGCUUCAUCUCAAUUUCGCGCCAUUUCGGUCGACACACCGCGCAUUGGCAAUGGCGGCCGAAGCAAGUCCAUUGAAGGAGAUAAUGAGUAAUGACCCAAACUCUACCAACAAAGAUGCAUUUGCUACCAAGAAGAAGAAACGAAUGUCGGUGGAGAGAAUAUAUCAAAAGAAGACUCAACUGGAACACAUCCUGCUCCGGCCAGAUACUUACAUUGGUUCUGUGGAGCCAAUCAAACAGAAUAUGUGGGUCUAUGAUGCAGAGAUGGAGGCCAUUGUCAGUAAGGAAAUAACAUUUGUGCCGGGUCUGUACAAGAUCUUUGAUGAAAUAUUAGUUAACGCAGCUGACAAUAAGCAAAGGGAUCCUUCCAUGGGUUGCAUUAAAGUCACAAUUGAUGCUGAAAACAACACCAUCAGUAUUUGGAAUGACGGACGUGGCAUCCCAGUUGAAAUGCACAAGGAACAAAAGGUGUUUGUGCCAACAUUGAUUUUUGGCCAACUUCUGACAUCAAGCAACUACAACGACUCAGAAAAGAAAGUCACAGGAGGACGUAAUGGUUAUGGUGCAAAGCUAUGUAACAUUUUUAGCACAAAGUUUGUUGUGGAAACUUGCUCCUCUGACUCUGGAAAGAAGUUUAAGCAGACCUGGACAAACAACAUGGGAAAAGCAGCAGAGCCAAUUAUCAAGGAUUUUAGUGGGAAGGAUUUCACCUGUAUUACAUUCAAACCUGAUUUAGCCAAGUUCAAGAUGGAGACCCUUGACAGUGACACUGUCGCACUUUUGACCAGGAGGGCAUACGAUGUGGCUGGCUCUGUCAGAGGAAUUGGAGUGUAUCUCAAUGGAAAGAAAUUACCUAUUAAGUCAUUCAAAGAUUAUGUGGGGCUUUAUCUGAAAGGCAGAGAGGACGAUGAAGGAGAAUCAGGGCUGGACUCGGAGAAUUCAAAGAAACCUUCUGUUGUACAUGAAGUAGUGAACAAGCGCUGGGAAGUCUGUGUCACAACUAGCACGAAGGGCUUCCAGCAAGCUAGCUUUGUCAACAGCAUAGCUACAUUUAAGGGAGGAACACAUGUCAAUUAUGUGACAGACCAAAUUGCAGAAAAACUCAUGGCAGCAGUGAAAAAGAAGAACAAGGGAGGUGUAGAAGUCAAGCCAUUUCAGAUCAAGAACCAUUUGUGGGUUUUUAUCAACUGUCUAAUAGAAAACCCAGCAUUUGACUCACAAACAAAGGAGAACAUGACACUCAGAGCUAAAGCGUUUGGAUCAACUUGUGAAUUUAGUGACAAGUUUAUUAAACAGGUUACUCAGUGUGGUGUUGUUGAACACAUCAUGAAUUGGGUAAAGUUUAAAGCACAGACUCAACUCAACAAGAAAUGCCAAAAGAGCAAACACAGUAAAAUUCGUGGCAUCCCUAAACUUGAUGAUGCUAAUGAUGCAGGUGGUAGGAAUUCCAAGCAGUGUACACUUAUUCUGACUGAGGGAGACUCGGCCAAAACGCUGGCUGUCAGUGGCUUGAGUGUUGUGGGUAGAGACCAGUAUGGAGUGUUUCCACUGCGUGGUAAGCUGUUGAAUGUCAGGGAUGCAUCGCACAAGCAGAUUCUUGAAAAUGCCGAGAUCAACAAUCUUAUCAAGAUCGUAGGUCUCCAAUACAACAAAAAGUAUACAUCUGAAGAAGACCUUAAAAGCUUGAGAUAUGGCCAUAUCAUGAUCAUGACAGACCAGGAUCAAGAUGGUUCUCACAUCAAGGGGCUUCUGAUCAACUUCAUACACAGUAACUGGCCUGACUUGACACGCUUGCCGUUCUUGGAGGAGUUUAUUACUCCUAUUGUUAAGGUCAGCAAAGGCAAAGAAGAGAAGGCUUUCUAUAGCAUUCCAGAAUAUGAGGAGUGGAAAAACAGCACAGAAAAUGCUAAAUCCUGGAAAGUAAAGUACUAUAAAGGGUUGGGCACAAGCACUCCUAAGGAGGCUAAAGAAUACUUUGCCGACAUGAGACGGCAUGAGAUUCAGUUCCAUCACGAAGGUGCUGCGUGUGAUGAGGCAAUACUCAUGGCAUUCAGUAAAAAGAAAGUCAAUGACAGAAAAGACUGGCUUAACCGUGCUAUGGAAGAUCGCAAAUGGAGAAAGCAGCAGGGCUUGCCAGAGGUUUACCUAUAUGAAAAAGAUACAAAGACAGUUUCUUACUCAGACUUUGUCAACAAAGAACUGGUUUUGUUCUCAAAUGCAGACAAUGAGCGAUCAAUUCCUUGUCUGGUGGAUGGCUUAAAGCCUGGCCAAAGGAAAGUCCUAUUCACGUGUCUAAAGAGAAAUGACAAGAGAGAGGUCAAAGUCGCUCAACUGGCAGGAUCUGUGGCUGAACUGUCUGCGUACCACCACGGCGAGCAAAGUCUGAUGGGAACAAUCAUCAACUUAGCACAGAAUUUUGUCGGCAGCAAUAACGUCAACCUACUUCAGCCAGUUGGCCAGUUUGGCACUCGUAUACAUGGAGGAAAGGAUGCUGCUAGUCCUCGUUACAUUUUCACUAUGCUGAGCCCUUUGACCAAGCUCCUCUUUCCUGCGCAUGACAUGCCGAGCCUUACAUACUUAUUUGAUGACAACCAGCCUGUUGAACCAGAAUGGUAUUGCCCCAUUCUUCCCACAGUUUUGAUAAAUGGGGCUGAAGGUAUUGGUACUGGGUACAGUACUAAGGUGCCUAACUUUGAUGUGCGGCAGGUUGUCAGCAAUCUGAAGAAAAUGAUCAAUGGAGAGGAACCAGAAGCUAUGGUACCUUCUUACAAGAAUUUCACAGGCACUAUUUCCCAAAUUGAUACCCACAAAUUCCUUGUGCAAGGUAAUGUGGACGUGACUGACAACAAAACUGUGGAAAUCACUGAAUUGCCAGUUGGUACCUGGACCCAAGUCUACAAAGAGAAUGUGUUGGAACCAAUGCUUCAUGGUACAGAGAAAAUUCCUCCAAUCCUCACUGAUUACAAAGAAUACCACACAGAUGUAACAGUUAAGUUUAUACUGAGCAUGACAGAGGACAAGUUAGCUGAGGCAGAGCAGGCAGGAUUGCACAAGAAAUUUAAACUUGAAACCACAAUUUCCACCAGUAACAUGGUUUUGUUUGAUGCUUUGGGUUGCCUGCGCAAGUAUGAGUCCCCACUAGACGUACUCAAAGAGUUUUUUGAGCUUCGUUUAGAAAGGUAUGCUAUUCGCAAGGCAUGGCUGGAAGGAAUGUUGACUGCAGAAUCAUCCAAGCUGAACAGUCAGGCACGCUUCAUCUUGGAAAAGAUUGAAGGACAGAUCAUUAUUGAAAACCGAUCCAAACGUGAUAUCAUCACAACCCUGGUACAGCGAGGAUACCCCUCUGAUCCGAUCAAGGCCUGGAAAGAACUCCAGAAAUCAAAUGCUCCUGAAGACGGAGAUGUAGACGAUGCUUCCAGUGUAGCGAGUUCUGCCUCUAGUGCUGGUGGCCCUGACUUCAACUAUCUGUUGUCCAUGUCAAUGCUGUCUCUUUCCCGAGAAAAGAAAGAAGAACUCUUGAAAGAACGAGAUAAUAAGAUGGAGGAGCUGGAGAUAUUACGGGGAAAGUCCCCUCAGGACCUUUGGUUAGAAGAUCUGGAUGCCUUCCUGGAAGAACUUGAGCGAGUUGAACAACAGGAGAAGGACGAUCAAGAGUUGUGUGUGAAACCCAAAGGUGGCCGUUCACAACAGCAGAAGAAGAAACCUGCAAAACCUGUAAAGAAAGCUGAAGACAAACCCAAGACUCAGGCAAAGAAGCCAGCCUUGGAUGCUGAAGGAAAACAGAAGAAGGCUGAUGGUAAGAGCAAGGAGGCAGCAGCUAAGAUAGCAGAGAGGAACGACGACUUGUGGGAAUUUGAGGGAGAGGAAGAUGCUGCACCGCCUGUCAAGUCAUUGGCAGAUAGACUGGCGCAGCGUCAGAAAGUGCUCAGCUCAUCAUCAUCGUCAUCCAGUAGUGGUACUGAGUCUACAAGUCGUUCUGCAGCAAGAUCUAAGAAACAAACUACACUGGAGAUGUUUAGUACAAAGAAGAAAGCAGCUGACAAGGCAAAGAAGGCAGAUAGUGAUGAUGAUUUUAUUAUGCAGUUUAGUGAUGAAGAGGAUGGGCCACCACCUGUGAAAAGGACGGCUAGAUCUACUGCUCCUAAGGUCUACACACUUAGUUCUGACGAGGAUGAUGACAUAACCGUUGCAUCAGUGAAAAGCGGAAAGCAGUCUGAGACAGCAAGUGUGGAGAGUGACACAGAGUCAGACAAGAGUGAUGUACUUGCCACACGAGCCCUGAUUCAAAAGCUGUCUCCUGCUAAACCAGCAAAGACUGUUCAAUCAAGGGCAAAAGAGCCUUCAGAAGAUGCUGUACCAGGUAAAUCUACCAAGAAACAACCAGCUAAAGCCAAGAGUACUGCAGCGGCGACAAAGAAACCCACCGCAGCAAAGAAACCAGCUUCAUCUAAAGGCUCCACGGAAGAGGAGAGUUCUGAUGCAAACUUGCCAAAGAAACAGGCAGCAAAGAAAGGAAAGCGAGGCAAGGCAACAGUUCUUGAUAGCAGCAGCGAAGGAUCUGAUUCAGAAAUGAUUUCUGCCAAAAAACCCGCAGCUGCUAAAGGCAAAACCUUAAAGGCUAAAAAGUCACCACCGAAAAAGUCAAAACCAAGCUUAGAAAGCUCCAGUGAUGAGGAGCCUGUUGUUAGCCGGGCUCCCCGUGCUGGUAGAGCCAGAGCUCCUGUGAAGUAUUUUGAUAAUGACAGUGAUAGUGAUGACAAGGAAAAUGAAAACACACGGGAUUGGUCAGGUUCUGAUGAUGACUUUGAUGACGAGGAAUAGACCUCAGCAGUGUUGAAUGCAUGUCCUCAAAUGGUUGUGGUUUGUAAAUAGUACACUUAUUCACUUCCAGCCAUUGAAAUAAUGUUGGGUUUAAGUAAUAAAAUGGCAUGAAAAUUUAACAUAC